AUGGCGUCGUACGGCAGCGGCGGCCCGUGGACCACGGUUCCGGUCCGCUCCCGCAGGGCGGAGCCGCUCGCCCCCUCUCCUCGCGGCGGUGGCAGCGGAGGCGGAGGCGGCGACAGCGUGCCGGGGGUGGGCGUGCUCGCCGCGGCGGUGGAUGGGCUCGAGAUCGGCGGCGACGGGGAGAGGCGGCUGGACAAGUACGACAUCCCGGUGCAGGUGAGCGGGGAGGGCGCGCCGGCCCCCGCCGACGGGUUCGAGGCGGCCGGGCUGGCGGAGGCCGUGCUCCGGAACGUGGCGCGCUGCGGCUACGACAACCCCACGCCCGUGCAGCGCUACGCCAUGCCGAUCGUCAUGGCGGGGAGGGACCUCAUGGCGUGCGCGCAGACCGGGUCCGGGAAGACAGCCGCGUUCUGCCUCCCCGUCGUCAGCGGCCUGGUGGCGGCGCCGGCGGGAGGAGGGAGCGGGUACGGGUACGGCCGGCGGGACAGGGGCUUCGACCGCGUCGCCAAGCCGCGGGCACUCGUCCUCGCGCCCACCAGAGAGCUUGCAGCCCAGAUUAACGAGGAGGCCAAGAAGUUUUCUUUCCAAACAGGACUCAAAGUCGUGGUAGCUUAUGGGGGAACACCAAUGUAUAACCAGCUGCGUGAUCUAGAGAGGGGUGUUGAUCUUCUUGUUGCUACACCUGGACGCCUUGUGGACAUGGUUGAGCGAUCGAGGAUCUCUCUUGAGGCAAUUAAGUACCUGGUAAUGGAUGAGGCUGACAGAAUGCUGGAUAUGGGGUUUGAACCUCAGAUAAGAAAGAUAGUUGACAUGAUGAAUAUGCCAAAAAAGUCUGUAAGACAAACUAUGCUCUUCAGCGCAACUUUCCCACCUGAAAUACAGAGGUUGGCUUCUGAUUUCUUGUACAAUUACAUAUUUGUUACUGUCGGGAGGGUUGGGUCAAGCACUGACCUGAUUGAGCAGAAAAUUGAGUUUGUUAAUGAUGGGGAGAAAAGAGGCUUCCUGAUAGAUCUUUUGCAGAAGCAAUCUGUUGGUGUGGCCGAUAGCAAGCAACCCCUAACAUUGGUCUUUGUGGAGACAAAGCGGGAAGCUGAUUCACUGCAGUAUUUUCUACAGUCAAAAGGUUUCCCAGCAACAGCAAUCCAUGGUGACAGAACACAACAGGAGAGGGAGAGCGCACUGAAAUCCUUCAAGAGUGGCGCCACUCCUAUCAUGGUCGCCACCGAUGUAGCUUCAAGGGGUCUGGAUGUCCCGAACGUGGCUCAUGUGAUCAAUUACGACCUCCCCAAGAGCAUCGAAGAUUACGUCCACAGGAUCGGAAGAACUGGGAGAGCCGGAAAGGCUGGGAUCGCCACCGCUUUCUUUACCGAGUCGAACCAACCCCUGGCAAAGGGCCUGCUGGAGCUGAUGACUGAGGCGAAGCGGGAUGUGCCUGAGUGGCUGGUGGAAUAUGCAAACAGGCCGUGCUAUGGAGGGUCCAGCUAUGGCGGAAGAGGCCGAAGGGGUGGCGGUGGGUUUGGUGGAAGAGACUAUCGCUGCAGCAGUGAUUAUGGCUAUGGUGGCGACGGUGGUGGCUAUUCCAGGCGUGGUGGCAGCUACACUGGUGGUGGCGGUUAUUCCAGCCGCAGUGGUGGCUACUCUGGUGGCAGCAGCAGCUACUCUGGCGGCGGUUCUCGUGGUGGUGGUGGCGGAAACUCUAGUGGUGGUGGCGGUGGAGGUUCCUCCGGGUCAAGUGCUCCUCCUCCCCGGUACUACCCGUCGUGCCCCAUGGGCACCGCUGACAUCAGCGCCUCUGGCUGGGACUAG